GAUGUGGUCUUUCAAAAUGAAGUUGAAGUCUGAGUUCGUAGUGUGUAAAUUGUGAGAAAGGAAACCCGCAGCUGGGUUGAUGAAGUAUAUGCCCCAAACAAAGAAACUCAAAUUUGAAGACGAUGAUGCCGCCCCGGAGCUUGCCCUUAUGCGCCACAUUGGGAGGCCGCUUCCUAGGAGCCGCAUGUGAUACACUCGACGUAUCAGACGAAGCCUCCCCUUGCCCAAGUAUUCCCACGGACCCGAAUACGGCGCGUUUGGGGAACAGGUGCCCACUGCAUGAUGGAGUUCUUGUUUCCCUACUAAUUUUUGAGGUUAAGGUAUCCAGUCUUUUGUUUUCCCCAUUGUUUUCUCGAGCCAUUCGUGGAGCGAGCGCCCGUGAGGAUGGUUCCCCGCAGACCCGGGAGAUCCGGAAUCGGUGGGCGAGGACAAAGGAUAUUGAGCCUAGCGACUCGGGUAGGGGAAGCUUAAUCCAACCUCAGAACAUUUUCUUCGUUUUGUUCAAGAACAAUACGGCCGGUUUUUGACUGACUAGAAAGGCAGUGACUGGGAAACAUGACGAUCGGCU